AGAAGAACAAGAGCAAAAAAAACAAUAGAGACUUAGACAGAGUCAUAUAUCUCCCUAUCUCUCUCUCUCCCUCUUCAAACGCAACCUCUUGUCUCUAUGGGAUCGCAACUCUCAAACACAGUCGUCGAAGGUGAAGAUAACACCAAAACCAUCGGAUCAACCGAACCGGACCAACUUUUGGAGAUCGAAUCCUUGGAGAAGAUCCUAAAUUACAAGUUCAAAGACAAGAGUUUGUUGCUGAAAGCGUUCACAGACGCUAGUUACGUUGAUGAUAAGUGUGAUUCGUACGAACGCCUAGAACUUUUAGGAGAUUCGAUCCUAAAUAUGGGUAUAAUCUAUGAGUUUAUUAAGCUUUACCCUAAAGAAUCACCUGGUCCGUUGACCAAGCUCCGAGCCGUCAACGUAGACACCGAGAAAUUGGCCCGGGUCGCUGUGAAACACCAACUCUAUCGCUACCUCCGUCAUAAGAAACCCUUGCUUGAGGAGCAAAUACUGGAAUUUGUGGAAGCCAUGGAAAAAUAUCCACUACAUUCAAAUGGUCUUCUGAAAGUUCCUAAAGUUCUAGCAGACAUAGUAGAGUCUACCAUUGGAGCUCUCUUCAUGGACGGCAACUCCACUGAGACCGUCUGGGAGGUGAUAAAACCAUUGUUGGAGCCAAUAAUACCUCUAGACAAAAUGAAGAGCCAUCCAAUGACAGAACUCAAUGAGAUGUGUCAGAAGAAGAACUUGAAAUUGACGCCCAAAGACACUUGGGAAGAAAAUCAAACCUAUUGUUUCCAAAUUGAGGAUAAGUUCGUUGGAUGUGGACAACAUCCUGUCAAGAAAGAAACUGCUCGUAAUUUCGCUGCAAAAAAUGCUAUCGACAAUUUUUCUAAAUUCUUCGGAGACCUUUAGUUAUAUGUAUUUGUAUCAAAAUAAAAAUUGUAUUCUAUA